UAUAAGCGUCAUAUCAAGCAAACAACAUGCCGUUCAAGAAUAUAUUAAAUGUGUGGAAAAUCACUUUAUUUCUACAAGUUUUAGGUUUAUGUCUGACCAUAAUUGGAUACUCCACUAACUGCAUUGGCAAGUUCGGGAACGAGGCGCACAUUGGAUUAUGGAAAGCGUGUGACACCAAAAACAGUUGCUAUGAUUUUCAGGUUGUGCUCCCAAGGGUAAAACCCGACAUAGGCAGCUUAGCCUGGGCAGAUGCUAGCCGAGGUCUGUUGGGCUCAAGUCUGAUAUGCUUGGCGCUCGUCAUUUUGCUGACCAUUACGACACUUGUGAGCCAAGGAUACAACAAGUUUAUGGCUUAUGCCUUUGAGAAACGGGCUUAA